AUUGUGCAUUUUUAGUACACGUCGCUCUAGAAAGUUAAGAGAGAGAGAGAGAGAGAGAGAGAGAGAGACCUCAUCAUAGUAAAAGAAGGUGUUUGAGAGAAAUAAAGAGGGAAGUGGUUUUGCGAGCUUUCUCACCGGAGGAACAGGGAAUUGAGUGCUUUUUUGAAUUUUAAGAAGUUCUUCACGAGGCACUGUCAGAAAAAAAAAAAUUAUUCCCCAGAAAAAAAAAAAAAAUUAAGGGUUAACGUCUUGUGUAUAUAUUUUCCACCACUCCUUGUUCUGCUCUCAUCACUUCUCUGCUUGCAACAUGUAAAGAUUUUAAGUACCUGUCUGAGAAUUUCUUCUCAAAAAAGACCACUUGGGUAUUCUGUUCACCAAGCCUGUAAUAAUCCCAAACUCUUUCCCUCUUGUAGGAUUGACUCGGUUUCUCUUUUGCAGUCCAAAGAUUUGGAGAGAGAGAGAGAGAGAAAGAGAGAUGGGGAGAGCAAUUAGGUGGUUGAGGGGCUUGUUGGGGAUGAGGAAAGAGAAUGAAAAUGUGGAGAAUUCAAAUUCCGGCGACCGGAAAGAGAAGAAAAGGUGGAGUUUUGGCAAGUCCAGUAGAGAUUCAGGGGUUGUGGGUAACAUUCCGGUGAGUAUUCCGGUGACUGACACUGCUUGGAUGAGAUCUUACAUUGCUGAGACAGAGAAUGAGCAGAACAAGCACGCAAUUGCUGUUGCUGCUGCCACCGCUGCGGCCGCCGAUGCCGCAGUGGCGGCGGCGGCUCAGGCAGCGGUGGCUGUGGUAAGGCUUACUGGUCAAGGCAGAGGAGCUCUGUUUUGUGGUGAGAGAGAGAAGUGGGCUGCAGAAAAAAUACAGAAUGCUUUCAGAGGCUUUUUGGCACGAAAAGCGCUUCGAGCACUAAAAGGACUGGUGAAAUUACAAGCUCUUGUUAGGGGCUACCUUGUUCGAAAACGAGCUACUGCAGCUCUUCACAGUAUGCAAGCUCUUUUUCGAGCUCAGUCUACUGUUCAAUUCCAGAGAGCUCGUCGUUUGAUCAACAAAGAAACCAGAUUUCAACCUCGAGCCAGAAGGUCCAUGGACAGAUUUGAUGAAACAGUGACUCAAUUCCAUAAGAGGCUAUCGGGACCUAUUGAAAGAUCGCUAAAUGCAUUUGAGGAUAGCCCAAAAAUAGUUGAGAUUGACACAUACAAGCCUAGAUCAAGAUCACGGCGAGUCAACACCAUAAUGUCGGAUUCUAGAAAAGACCCGUAUUACCAAACUGUCUCGUCUCCACUUCCAUGUCCAAUUCAGACCCGGAAGCUUCCAGAAUACUUCACAAAUGAUGAAUUUAGGCUAUCCACUCCUCAAAGCACACCUCAUUUUUCGAAUUCAUGCAGGUCAAUUGCUCCAGUGACACCAUCCAAAAGUGUAUGUGGAGACAGCUUUUUCGACUUUCCUAACUACAUGGCGAACACUCAAUCAUUCAGGGCGAAACUGAGGUCUCACAGUGCUCCAAAGCAAAGGCCAGAGCUGGUAUCCAAGAAGAGGCUGACACUAGGUGAAAUAAUGGCGUCGAGGACUAGCUCGUGCGGUGUUUCGAUGCAGAGGUCUUGUUCUCAAGCUCAGGAAGCUCUGGAUUCUUGACAAGUUUGUUAUUGAUUUUUUUUUGGUGGUGUUUUUAAUAGAGAAAUUAAGAGAUGGAUUUUCAAUAGGAGAUGGCUAAUUGAAGAGAAUGGAGAAGAUGAACUAACAAGCAUACCUUCUCUAAAACAAAUACGUAAUAGAACAGAGUGCUGGUGUACAUUCUUUGACUGUUCUGGUUAAGUAGUCAUGCUUUGUGAAUGGAAAUGAGUUUUUUCAUCUUUGCUAUAUACAUGAAAGUGGAGCACCUGCUUGAAAAAAAGAAAAGAAAAAAGACAUUGGAGUUAGCAGAACAGGGCAAUUAGAUCAAUGGGAAUUGAAGAAUGUUGACGACAGUCAAGUGGGAAACUGGUUCCGAAAAGAAAAUCAUUGGGAUGCUGUUUUUCAAAAACAUUUUUGAAACUUCCAUGGAGGUUCUUAGUAGUUAGUAACCACUGAGCCAAGUGAGCGGGGUAUCUAUAUAUUUAAAACAGGGUGCUUUUGUCAAGCUGUGCUUAUUAAUUUAUUUUGGGUGACUCUAUUUGCACUUCAAAAAUGAGGUUGGAUAUCCCAAGAGGGCUGCUAGAUGUCCAUACUUUUUAUCUUUGUACUCCCUAUUUUUUUAGCCCCCCACCUUCCAAAAUUACAUUUAAGGGUUCUUUGAGAUGACUUAAAUAAGUAUAUUUUUUGUCUUUUUAUGAAAAGAUGUGCAGAAAAGUAGAGAGGUGAUGUGAUAGAAAAA